AUUUGCCAUUGUUUAUAUUUUCUGCGCAUGCUUGAAAUCGUCAUCCGGUUACAGUACCAGCAGACCAAAGAAAGGUGCUGAACAACAUGUUUCAGUAAACAGAGCAUAUUGGUGAAUUUCUUGAAUUGUUAGACUGCUUUUUGGGCUACAUUUACUUGUUUGUUUGAUGGAUAAGUUUGUCUCCAUGAGAAUGAAGCUGCCGGUUUUUAUUGUUGUUGUGGUGAUUUACAAUGCGGGCCACAUCGGAGCCACCAAAACAGUGACCACUUGCUCCAAGGAGGACCUUACAUAUGAAUACACAACCUGUGAUCAGAAUGGAGGGAGGUGGAAAGUGGAAGUCCCCAAAGAGCCAGGGAAAUGUAACAUUACAAAUCCCAAACCUCCUACAAGGGGGAAAAACUGUGAUUUCACCUGUAAGCCAGGGCAGUAUCUGGACAUGGAGACGGAAAGCUGUAAACCUUGUGUGGCAGGGACAUAUUCUCUGGGGGGUGGGGAACGAUUCGAAGAGUGGGAUAAGCUUCCCCCAGGAUUUAAAGUCUCCACAGAAAGCUUCCAGUCCUUUUUCAAGAACGACAAUGAAAAUGCCAAUUGCAGUUCGUCAAUUUGGACCCCUCGGGGGAACUACAUCAGUUCUCUGGCUGUAGACUGCUCCUCUUCUCUGACCUAUUCUGUCACCCUGGUCAAAGCUGGACACAUCGAGUUCGAAUAUCAGUUUCCCAGCAGUUCAGAUUCCAUGUUUCAUUUUAUUGUACAAAACAGCCAGUGUCAGUCUUAUGGUAGUCGUGCAGGGUCACAGUUUCCUGAAGAUACCGGAGAAGGAAAGUGGUCCUCUGUCAAGGUGCACCUAACAUCCGGGCCGAACGUCCUUAUAUGGAAGACAGUUUCCCUGUUAUCUGAGUCAUCGUCAGAGAGCGAACGAAGUAAACCAAUCCUCAUCAGAAAAAUGGAAAUAGACGGGGUUGCUUUUACAUCAGAGUGUUCUAAAUGUAAGAACGGAACGCACAGCAGCGAGGGGGCGGCCUACUGCUCCACCUGUGGUAGAAACUCAUAUUCGUUAAAGGGCCAGGCUACCUGUACAGGCUGUGAUCUGAAGUCAGAGUAUUCAGAGAGGGGAGCCAGCUCCUGCUUGAAGAGACCAGCUUGUACCACCAAGGACUAUUACGAAGAACAAGCACCCUGUGUCAAGAAGAAGACGAGGAAGAUAUACAAGUGGUUAGAGCCCCAGAUUUGUCGUACCGACCUGAGCAGUGCUGCGAAACUUCCCAAGCCCAGUCCCCUCGAAGAUUGCCCGCCCUGUAACCCAGGAAUGCACUUUGUGGAGGGCAAAGGCUGCGAGUUCUGCCCCGAUAACAUGUACUCGGAUGGAGCUAAGAGCUGUCAGACCUGCUCAGCCAAUACUUCCCCGAACAUUGGCCUGGAGUUCAAAUGGUGGAACCAGAUGCCAGUCAACAUGUCGGGAAAUUGUCUGACAUUCGGAGAUUUGGAAUGUUCAUCGAACGCCUCCUGGGUGUUGGCGGGGGAUCAUAUCCACACACAGUUUGGCCGUAACAGAAAUUCCUACCUCGUCCUGAUUCUAAAAGUAGACGGUUUCCGUGGUCAAGAAAGUCCCAACAAAGAUAUCACUGUGGGUACCGUGGAAUUCCAGUUUGAGACGAAAUGUAAUGGAAACUGUGAACUGAUUUUCCUCUCGGAUGAAUAUGGAAGUAAUGGUAUAGUGAAAUCUUGGACAGGUACAGAGAAAAAACAGCAAUUCAGACAUGAAAUAAAGACGACACAGGCUUUAGCAUUGACUUGGGCUUUCCAGAGCUCUGAUGAAUCAGAUGAUGAAGAGGAUGUAGCUCGUAUCUAUAGUGUCAAGGUCACAAACACCGUGACAGGCGGGGCCACCGAUUGUCAGAAGUGUAUGACAGAAGUCAAAGACAACCAGUGCAUACCCUGUCCUGCUGGACAUUUCUUUGACUCCAACACCACUCAGUGCCUACCCUGCCCAUUCAAUGCAGUUAUACGGACCCGCCUGGCCUGGGGAGAGGACUCGUGUGUUAAAUGUGGACCUGGGCUGAGUGCGAAGGAUGGCACUGCAUGUGUAUCUGACUGUACGUACACUGAUGAGGCCAACAGGAAGUACGACUUCACAUCACUGAAAAGCCCCAAGUUUGUUUCUGGAGCGAACCUGUUUACUGGCAGUGGGACCGGAUAUUAUCACGGAUUUAACAUCUCUCUGUGUGCUGGCGACACAGCAAAGGCACUCUGUCAGAAUAACAUGACAUCAGAGGGUGAAAAUAAUGAAAAACCUGUCCAUUCAAUGGUGUGUAGAUCAGCAAUGGUUCCUACCAAGGAAAAGCAAAUUGUGUCCACUCAACCUGUCAGUAUCGGCGAUUACUUAACAAAGAUCUUGACAAAUCAAAGUCACGACUCGGAACUGCACCAGCUUUACGAGAAAGGAGGAAUUCCAACAGAUGGAAUGGAAAGAGACGUGCACUUCUUUUACAAGACGGAUAAGAAAACCCAGGCCUGUCCCAAGGGAAGGAAGACGAUCGUAACACUGCAGUGUGACUUGACUAUGGACGGGGAAGGAGUGAUCAAAUUACCACUAAAAUGUCCGGACGGAACGUGCGACGGGUGCAUGUUCCACUUCCUGUGGAAGAGUCAGCAGGCGUGUCCUCCCUGCUUAGAGAAGGAUAUACAGAUCAUCGUAGGGGAGUGUCUGAAUGGAAUACAGACAGUGCAUUACAGUGCUCCAAACUACUGCAAACCAGCUAAAGAUAUCAAGAGUAAGGAGCAGAGGAAAUGCAGACUGAAAUUAGCUGCUCUUCCAUUCGUUCUGAAAGUAAGCAUCCCCUCGGUCGUAGGAGUAGGAAUUCUGCUGUUUAUAUGUGUGAUCUACUGCUGGAUGAGAAACAAGAAGCUUGAGUACAAGUACAUGAAGUUGGUGGAGGGAUCGGGCCCUAAUUAUGACGGGGAACUGCCGGGGGUGGACUCUUGUGCCCUGGAGGACGGAGAGGAAGAGCAGUUUGAUACAGUGUCCUUCUCAGAGACCAAGAAAAAAGGGCUGUUUAGUAAACUCCGAGGAAAGAAGUACAAGUCCCACGAUGACAACCCGUUUGAGACAUCCCAUACAGAAAAGCUCCCCCUGACAUAAUACAGAUACUGUUAAAGUGUGUAUGUAAAACUUGCCCCCAAAACACAAAAUUUUACUGCGACGUGACUCCAUUUACAGUGGAUCAAAAGAACCUGCAAAAUAUUCUUAUACUACAGCACUGUACAUAUUAUAUCACCGUAACACUGGUACACAACAUCACUAUAUGUGUUAUGUCACCAUAGCAACAUUACACAACGUCACUAUACGUGUUAUAUCACCAUAGCAACAUUACACAACACCACUAUAUAUGUGUUAUAUCACCAUAGCAACAUUACACAACAUCACUAUAUGUGUUAUAUCACCAUAGCAACAUUACACAACAUCACUAUAUGUGUUAUAUCACCAUAGCAACAUUACACAACAUCACUAUAUGUGUUAUAUCACUUUUACACCAGGUCCUCAUUCUUUAGUUUCGUUUUAUUCUUUGUGACAUGAACGCUCAUUAAAUGAUGUAGAGACAUUGAAUUGUGGCGUACACGCCUCUCUGGUAGUGAGCUGGAUUUACACCGUCUACUGGAAAAUUAACGUGUUCCAACCUACUACGCAAAUUGUGUAUAUAAUAGACGAAAUGUGCAUAGCGUGUAGUGUAGAUGAUAUACACAGGUGUGUGAUGAAUUAUUAUAAGUAGUGGAGUCGGUCUACAUUCCUGGAUUAUCUGAUUUUACACGUGUACAUAUUUGUAUUAUGUGACAUUCCAAACUGUUUCACAUUCUGAGUGAUGUUGUGAUAUUGCAUGGUGUUGUCAAUUUAUCAUUGAAAUAAAUUUAUAGAAUAUUUUCCAGUUCUGUAACUAUAGUUAUUGGCUUAGCAAAAUUCAUUUGUUUAAAAAAUUUUAGAUAAUAAUUUUUGUUAUGCAUUAGGUAAAGUUGAAUGAUAUUUUCUCAUGCUACAUCUGUAUGCCAUUGUCCAUCUUAAGUAUAUAUUGACUUGUGUGAUCACUUAGAAGAUAUAUUGACUGGUAUUGUCCACGUAGAGGAUAUAUUGACUGGUAUUGUCCAUAUAAAGGAUAUAUUGACUUGUGGUAGAUUCUUUCAAUAUUGAAAUUGGUGAUUUUGCAGAUAGUGUUUGAUGGUGCUGUUUUGUUCAGGGUGGUAAUGAACUUGUAUCUAGUAGUUGUGUAUUUUCUGAUUUGUAUACUAUGGUUUUCUACUGUUCAUUCUGUUUGACAAGGGAUUAAUGGAGCAUACUGACAAUAAAGAAUCGAUAAGUUAAUGACAAUAAUGCCAUUACAAAAGAAAUUCCUCAGUAUGCUAUCUCUCUCCGCUGACCGUGAUUGGACAGGGUUCUGUUCUAUUAUUAAAAAAUAUUUCUUUUACAACAUCAGGGUGGAACAGCGUGGUUAUGUAUGAAAUAUUCAUGAUAAUAAGCACAGCUUUACAUGUUAUGUAGGUUAUCUGUAUAAUUCCAUUUAUUCUCAUGUGAAUUACAUAUGAAUCACGUUUCACAUACAUCUUCUGCCAUACAGACAAUAUCGGUGGGUCCUACCCAUGUAAGGAGAAUUAGAUCUGGGGGUUUAUUUUCUUAUUUGUACGUCUUGCGUGUAUACAUCUAUUCCUGUCGUGUUUUGUUUUCUGAACUUUGACUCGGAGUUUGUAUGAGUUGUCCCAUUCGAGUUGUAUUGAAAUCCAUUCUACAAGAGUCUCCGUGUUUUAUUUAUUUCCAGAUAUUUGUAUUGUAGAAGAUUUUCAUAUAUGUACCGUUUUAUUUUUUUCCGUCUUGACAUAGUUUUUAUUUUGGUUGUACUAUUAUUUAAAUAGAUAAAGAUAUUAAUAUCUACAGUAUAUAUAUAUAUAUAUACAUGUACCAUAGUAUUUCUUUUUUUGUUGAAUUGCUUGUUAUAAUGGUUGUGGGACAAAGUUUGCAAGAUGUGUUAAGACAUAAAGUAUACAUUUUUAUGUAAUUUUUUUCUUUACAUUUAUCUAAUGGGCAUUUAACUUCCAGAAAUUAUGGAAUAUGAAAGGAUGUUGAUUUUCGAUCUCUAAAAUAGCUGUGAGAACGAUAAGAUUGAUGUUAUUUUUUAUGAAGCAUAAUGACUUUGUUCAAUGUCCUCUUUCCACUCAGUGCAAUAUGUCCAAUCGAUGUUUGUAAAGUACUGUUUUUUGUCCAGUUUUUGAAUGCUUGAAUCUUUUGGUACUAGAUCUGAUUUUUAAUUACAUGUAGGUAACAGAAAAAUGAGUAGAGGGUGAUUUUACAGAGAGAAAGAGAGAGAGGGUGUCAUUUCUCUUGUAACAUGUCUUAAUAUAUUUAUUAUAUGAUUAUAUUAAUAUAACUGUCCAACAGAU